AACACCCACUUGUUUCAAAAGAGAAACCUUCACCAUUAUGUGGAGCAACCUCCCCUUCGACCUCCUAGCAAACAUCUUCUCCUUCCUUCCGGCGGACUCCUUGGCACUUGCUAGCUCAGUCUGCAAGCACUGGCACACAUGCGUCACUGCUUACCCGGCCACGGCCGCUGGGGCUCGCAAUCCGCCGUGGUUCGUGGCCUUGCCUGUGCGGAACCGUGGUCACACUUGCUACACGCAUAACCCAAUUAUUGAUACUUGGCAUGGGCUUUUUCUAGGCUUCCUUCCUCAUGCUAUUCGCCCGGUUGCCUCCAUUGGAGGGCUUGUUUUAUUAAGGUCCACUACUUCUACUACUCUUCAGUUAGCGAUUUGCAAUUUGUUCACCAAGCGAUAUUGGAGCCUCCCAAUGUUGAACAUUGCCCGGACCAACCCGGCGAUGGGCGUUGUUUUCGGGUUGGACGAGAGCCCAGAUGUCCGAUUUUCGAGCUUUAGGGUGUAUGUGGCUGGUGGGAUGUCGGAGGCGCCAAGUGGGGGUGCGGCGUACGAACCGACAUUGGAAAUGUACGACUCGUGGCACGACAGAUGGGAUAUCAUGGGCAGAAUGCCGGUGGAGUUUGCGGUGAGGCUCACAGUGUGGAGUCCCAAUGAGAGCGUGUACUCAGGCGGGGUCCUAUAUUGGAUGACCUCCGCCCGGGCAUAUAGUGUGAUGGGGCUCGACAUUGGGUCGAACAGCUGGCGGGAGCUGAGCGUGCCGAUGGCGGAGCGGCUAGAAUUUGCGGCACUAGUGCGGUGGAACGGCAGGCCGACGCUAGUGGGUGGCACGUGCAACGAAGGCGCAUGCAUAUGGGAGCUUGGCGAGGGGGAUACAUGGGGGUUGGUUGAAAAGAUCCCAAUUGAACUAGGCAUGAGAUUAUUAGGGGUUAAGGGAAGUUGGGAAAGUACUAAAUGCGUGGGAAGUGAUGGGGCCUUGUGCUUGUACAGGGACUUAGGGUCAGGAAUGGUAGUUUGGAGGGAGGUAGAGAAGGGUAGAUGGGAAUGGCUCUGGGUUGAAGGGUGCUGCUCGGUAGGAGGAAAACAAGUCCAAAAUAUCCCAAUUAAGGGACUGCUUCUUCACCCAAAUCUUGCUACCUCAGGCUUUCCAGAUAAAUGACUCAAUUUUUUUGUGCAUAGUAAUUCUUUAGUUUGCCAGAUGUUGAUGUAUCAUUCCCUCUAUGUAACUUAAUACUUUUUUCACACUAGUAUGGAGAAAAGGGCCAUUGAUGAUGAAGUGUAUUGGCAAAGGAUUUGAGUGCA